AAGAAAGACACGACGAUCGACCUGCACAAACUCAACGGAUCACACGUGCAGGUGGAUGCACACGUGAUGUCGUGAAUGGCUGGCUCUUCUGUGACCGGUCGGUGAGUGCUGUUUGUACGUAUGUAUUCAUUGUGGUAGGUAAUCAUGCAUGGGAGUCAGUCAGUCACAUGCACACACACACACGCAUGCACUCGUCCGUCAUCCGACUACAACAACAAAUCCCGUCCACUGAUCUCUCUCGCUCUCGCGCGCACAACUAUAGACAUAAAUAAGUGCACUCUCUCACACACACAUGGACUGCACCGCACCUCACACCCACACCCACACAGGCACUCUUGCUUGUUUCAUCAAACCUCCAACUCCAUCCCUCCCUCCCUCCCUCCCUCAACACAACGCACCGUACCGUAAUUAGCAGAGGUCCGCACACGCACACUCAUGCACACACACAUGGAUGGACGCUCUCUGUCCGUCACAGGUCGAAUUUGCGUGUUAGGUGACCUGUCUGUCUGUCUGGUAUGGCUGACUGCAGGGAGGAGGGAGAGGUAGCGAGGGAGGGAGGGAGGCGAGGGAAAAAAUAGGCAGCUAGGCGUUGCAAUCGGUCACCUGUAUCUGUCUUCACAAUGAGUGCAUCGCUUGUGGCCGCGUCUGCGUGUGUGUGUGUGUGUGUGCAUGAGGUUCAGAUCUGGUCAGUGAGCAGCAGCAGCAGCAGCAGCAGCCAACGGAGAAAGUUAUAAGUGAGGAUCAAUCGUCAGCACCACAGAUCGAAGAAAGAAGAGGCCACACCACAGGAAGGAGACAUGAAGAGAGAGAGGGCUGCAUGGCCAUAUGGGAUGGGUGGCUGCAUGCUCAAGCUCCGCAUGCACGCAGCUAUUGUACACACAGACACACACGCAACGCAAAACCGACACCCACACACCGCAUCCAGCCAUGCCAUAGAUGAUGCACAUGCCGUUGGCAGAACACACAAGACACACACACAGCAACCUCUCUCAGGCAGCCAGGCAGCCAGGCAGGCAACCAGGGAGGCAGGGAGGGAGGGGUUAAGAAUGAAAGAAAACAAGAAUGGGCAACCGAAAGGCGACCGCAAAGGGGAGGAGGGACCAUGAGGCUAUUCUGGUCCGCACUGACUGACUUGACGAUAAGAGGGGUAGGCGGGGAGGGGUGGGGAGGGGAGGGGGCAUCAUGUCAGGUCACUGUGUGCUGGUGUUGGCUAUCAUAGUGCUCUUGCCGCCCUGCUCGGCCAGCCACCACUUGGGGACCAGCUUCUCGCGCAUCUCGGGCGUGCACUCAUCCAGCUCCUCUGAGGGCACACAACACAGAGAGAGAACCAGACAGACAGACAACACUUUCAUAUGUAGAGUGGACAGGUCAGUCAGUGCAGACGCUGCAGACGCACCUUGUGUGAAGUUGAAAAGAGGCGGGAGGCUCCUGCUGUUGGGCAACCUAUAUAAUAGAGACACACAUAAGGACAGCACGAACAGAAGACGAUGCCAUGGUGUGGUGCACUCAGAGAGACAGCAGGACGCCCCGACGGACAGACCUUGUGUUGGGGUCUCUGAGCUCGUCGAAGAACUCGUGGCAAAGUAUCUUCAUGGGCUUCAGGCGGGCGGUGGGGUCGUACUGCAGCAAAGCAUUCACCAAAUCCAACGCCUCCACCGAUGUGCGCGGACGAAACACCUUCCCAACACACACAGAGAGACGAAGAUGGACACACAGGCAGUCAGAUCCAUGGUGUCUGGUGUCGCAUGUGUGUGUGUACCUUGUUCCAUGGGUGUGGUUUGAUUUGUGGGAACUUGAAUUCGGUGUAGUUGGGGUUCAUCGCCAUCAGCUGCUCGCGGGAGGGGGUACCCAACACCUGCACACAUACGCACCCACCGCACAGACGGAUAAAGAGCUGUAGGUGUGGUGUGAUUGGACUGUGUGGGUCGGUGAAUGGUGCUGCUGACUUUGAUGAUUUCGACGAGUUGGUCGACGCCCGACUCGCCGGGGAACAGUGGCUGGCCCAAUAUCAUCUCGGCCAUCACACAACCUGCGCACACACAGACAGACAGACAGACACAGACAGAUCAGCGGAUAUGUGUGUGUGUUGUGUGAACGAGGGACUGGAUUUGCAUACCCAUGCUCCAAAUAUCAAUGGCCGUCGUGUAGUCUGUCGCGCCGAAUAUCAGCUCCGGCGCGCGGUAGUACCUGCCCACACACAGACAUGUGAAAGACGGCAUGCCAUCUGUCUGUCUGUCCGCCCCUACUGACUGACUGACUGACCUUGAGCAUAUGUAGGCGACGUUCGGCUCGCCGGACACCAGCCGCUUGGCGGAUCCAAAAUCACACAACUUCAGCACCUGCACAUCAGCCAGCGCCCGCGCGCGUGUGCUGGUGUGUGUGCCCACUCUUCCUUCCACUGACCUGUGUCUUGCCGUCUACGAGGAGGUUUUGUGGUUUGAUGUCCCGAUGGCAGAUGCCUUUGGCGUGCAGAUACGCCAGGGCACGGGCCAUCUGCACACACACACACACACACACACACAUACAUACAGCGCCAUCCAUCCAUCGAUCCCGUGUGCGUGUCCGUCUGUGUGUGUGAGUCUUGUCAAGACCUGGUAGACGUAUAGCUUGACGUAAAGAAUGGGCAUGGUCUGUUUGAGUUUAGCGUAGUGCUUCAUCAUUCGGUAGGCCGUGUCGGAGAGGUACUCCAUCACCACAUUCAGAAACAACUCAUCCUGCACACACAUACAUAUCAUCGACACACACACACACACACGUUGAUGCUCCCGUGGUGUCCCCUCCCUCCCUCCCUCCUUCCCUCCCUCCCUCUCUGGCUCCUUCCCCCCCUUGUGACCUUGUCGCCUGUCGUGUGGAAAGCGUUGUGCAGCUGUACGACGUUUGGGUGUCGUAGUUCCCGCAUGAUCUGCAGCUCCCUGUUCUUGUACCGCUUGUCCUGGAACACCUUCUUGAUCGCCACCGUCUCCUGAGUCUCCACUACUUGAGCCUGGUGAGUGGACCACACACAACACACACAUACACACAUACGCACAUACACACAUACGCACAUACACACAUACACACAUACACACACCUCUUUCUCCCUCUCUCCACCUGCCCGUGUGUGUGCGUGUGUGUGUGACGCCCCUCUCUCUCACCUGGUAGACGAUCCCGAAGCUUCCAUUGCCGAUAACCCUUUCCGCGUUGUAAGUGAAGUUUUGCCUCUCCUUGCCCCUCUCGCCCAGCAGCGCCGAGCUGGACCCGCCCCCGUCCUCCUUGCCAUGCCCCGCUGCCCCACCGGUCUCGUCCUUGAUCUGCAUGGCUGUCACCGACUGACGCAGAGUCUCCACAGGGGCGGCCAUAGAGAGGACAGACGACACCGGUCUACCGCUCGUGUCUGUCUUGACACCGAGAGAGCGGGAGAACGAGAGGUAGAGAGGAUGCUAGGGGGUGGUUCGGAAUCAGCCGAGGGAGGCCGACCGCUAGAGAUAGCAGCAGGGGGCGCACUGGGCCGCUCGCAGCGACUGUUUCUCGCCGCAAACGCCGAAAGAGGACACCCUCAGGCUGCGGGUCGCUGCGCAGAAUCCUGCCGAGACAGAAAGUGGGACAAACGAUGGGUGCUGCUUAUUUGUCCGCCAAAACCCCUUGCAGCGCGUGCGAGGGAGGGGAGAGGGGACACAGCGGGCGAGAACGGAGAGAUU